AUGAAGGCCCUCCGUGGCCACUUCCUGAGAAGACCUAACAGAGCCACUUUUUUCCGCCGUGGUAGCCCCCAGGAUAGACUCUCGGCGCCCUCUUUUUCUUCCAGCAGGUUCAAAAUCAAUGAGACCCAGGGCAUCACAGGUCCACAACAUGAUCUUGAAGCACUCAAUCGGUUCACCUCAGGUCGUUGGCUUUGGAACGAGCGACAGCAACUUGCCAGUCGCUAUGUUAAAUUUGACCUUUCAACGCUUCUGCAACUAGCGACCUCUGCGAUCGGAUCGAGAUCAUGCACCCAAGUGUUGAAGAUCUCGGAGGGCCAAUAUGACAAAGUUUUCCAGCUGACCGUGGACGAUGGUCGCGUGGUUAUUGCGAAACUUCCAAAUCCCAAUGCAGGCAGACCACAUUUCACGACAGCUAGUGAGGUUGCAACCAUGGACUUUUUAAGAAAUGUUCUAAACCUUCCUGUUCCAAGAGUGUACGCAUGGAGUUCUCGAGCAUCAGAGAACCCCCUCGGAGCAGAGUAUAUCCUCAUGGAGAAACAGGCCGGCGUGGUACUAACCGAUGUAUGGGACAUCAUCAAGGAAAAGCAGAAAGUCCAAAUUGUGGACCAAGUUGUUGAUAUUGAACGGCGCCUGGCAGCUACAAAAUUCUCUAAGUUCGGGUCCUUGUACUAUAAAGACGACCUUCCCGACAACUCAGAUUCUACUUCGCCUCUUUAUUUUGAUUCAACUGGGAAUGAAAGGGAAAUUGCAACUGCAAAGGCAGGCCUCCAGUACCCCUUCAUGCCUGAAGGUCUUUUCUAUGGACCCCGGCAAUACCAGCCUAGCCUCUCCAAAAAGCUCUCCGCGUUGGAAAACUAUCUUAAGGUGGCACCUUAUGUCCUCCCAGAAAAUAAAGCCACCCAUGCCUCCGUUUUAUGGCAUGGCGAUCUUCAUUCGCAGAAUAUAUUUGUCGACCCUGAAGACCCAAGCCGGAUUGUGGGAAUUAUUGACUGGCAGUCUGUCAGUGCAUGUCCGCUUUUUAUGCAGGUUGGGUGCCCGGUGUUUCUCGACUACAACGGCCCGGUUCCUGAAGAUUUAGGGAAGGUCCCAUUACCACCAAAUUUUGACUCCAUGGGUCCAGCGGAACAGCGCAAGGCAAAGGCCCUUCAUAGAGCACAGACACUGCACAAUCUCUACUUGGUUCGGUGUCUUCAGGUCAACAAAACAAUCUUCCAAGCGAUACAGAAGCAGAAUACUCUCCGGCACCAGGUUAGUGUGGUUCCGGGGUUAGUCUUGAUGGACUACGAGCCGAUCCUCAACAGCUUGUUGAGAGAUGUCGAGAAGGAAUGGCCAAGCAUUGUGGGUGGGGGGAAGGAUGGCAGCUCUCCUAGUAUGCGGUUCCCGUUACAGUUCUCGGACGAACAGAUCCAGCAGCAGCAACAAGAUGGCGAGUUAUGGGCCCAAGGUGUUGAACUCAUGGAUGCAUUCGUUGGCGACACUGGCUGUUUUAAACACUGGGAUGGUAGGGUUAGCGACGUCGAUUACGAGAAAUCGAGGAGAGAGCUAGACGAGGGAGUGAAAAGGUUCUUAGACCGCGAAGCCAGGGAUGAUGAAGAAUGUAGGGAGUGGCUCAAAGCCCUACCAUUCGUGGAUUAA